AUGACUACUAGAUACCGUGUUGAGUAUGCUCUCAAGACUCAUCGUCGAGAUCAAUUGAUCGAAUGGAUCAAGGGACUCCUUGCGGUACCAUUUGUACUUUUGUCUCAACCAACCGCAUUAUUCGGGCAAGAUGGAAUCCAUGGCACUGAUGAAAUGGCACGCAAUGCUCAUGAACGUUAUGCCCAGAUCAUGAGUGACGUUGAAGGACUGAUCAACGACCACAUAUCCCGCCAAAAAGAAGGUACACACACUCACUCCAAGCUUAAGUUGCUAGUCCCGACAGUCGGUGUCUUCUUCACUCCCCUACUACUGCGAGAUGCUUUCGAAUGGCAGGACCAGAGACGAUACAUAAGCUCGAGGAGAUUUGUAGCUCCUAGUUUCAACGACAUUCGCUUGAUCUUGAACACCGCUCAAGUCAUGUCUUUGGUCAAACACAGUCGUCUGGACCUCGUCACUUUCGAUGGUGAUGUCACGCUCUAUGAUGAUGGCCAGUCGCUCACGGAUGACAAUCCAGCCAUCCCUCGUAUUCUGGAGUUGAUGAGGAAUGGCACUCGUAUUGGCAUCGUGACUGCAGCUGGCUACACUGAAGCAUCCAAGUACUAUAGCAGGCUGCACGGCCUGCUUGAUGCCGUCGCUACCUCUGAUCUUCCGGAUGAUGUCAAGAGAAAUCUUAUUGUUCUUGGAGGAGAGGCAAGUUACCUCUUCCAGUUUGCCAGCGAAAGUCCGGAUAGACUUGUAUCGAUUCCGCGCGAGCAGUGGAGUCUAAACGAGAUGCGAUCGUGGACUCAAGAUGAUGUUACAGAAUUGCUUGACAUUGCAGAGAAAUCCCUCCGCAGUUGUGUCGACGCAAUGAGGCUCAAGGCCGACAUCCUUCGGAAAGAACGAGCAGUUGGUAUAAUUCCGGCUGAAGGGUUCAAACUCUCAAGAGAACAGCUGGAAGAGACUGUUCUUGUCUGUCAGAAGACAUUGGAGAUGACGCCUGUUGGCAAAAGGCUGCCGUUCUGCGCUUUCAAUGGCGGAAGCGACGUCUUUAUUGAUAUUGGUGACAAGUCUUGGGGUGUGUUGAGUUGUCAAAGAUACUUUGGCGGAAUAGAGAAGAAAAAGUCUCUACACGUGGGUGACCAGUUUUUGUCGGUGGGAGCAAAUGACUUCAAGGCUCGCUUGAGCUCCACGACUUGCUGGAUUGCCUCACCAGCGGAGACGGUCGCACUUCUGGAUGAGAUAUCUCAGCUCUCCACAGCUCCUGGAUCGCUCCCUAGAGAUGCAAAUUUCGAGGAUCAAGGAAAGUUGGAAUGA